GGUACAGCACGGGUUUCCAGCGAAACGCAAGUGACUCGUGUCCUCUGCAUUUACCGAGACAUUUUCUGGUUUUCUGACGACACCGACCACUCUCCCCUCCACCCCCGAUGCCUGGACUUAGGACUCGGACACCGUAGCCUGUCAAAAGUUUAACAUCGGAAAUGUCAGCUAUGAGCGGUCGUCGGCUAGUUUGACAUUUGGAAAUAAUGGCGUCGUGUGAAUUCGCUGGUUUGUGCACAUUUGAGAGUUUUAAGAGAAACUGGCCGCAUUACGGGUUUGAUACUGACCAGCGAGAACUGAUACAGCGCGAAUUCACCAGGAUUAAAGACAUUACGUACCUUGAUCAUGCGGGGACAACGCUGUUUCCCGAAUCCCAGAUCAGAAAUUUUUAUGAGGAUAUAUCCAGGAAUGUGUAUGGCAACCCUCACAGCCACAAUCCCAGCAGCAGGCUGACACACGACACCGUGGAAAGUGUCCGAUACAGGAUACUGCAGCACUUUAACACCAGCCCUGAGGAGUACUCUGUAAUCUUCACCGCUGGCUGCACUGCUGCACUUAAACUAGUGGCUGACUCCUUCCCGUGGGUGUCUGCCCAUGGCAAUUGCUCAGGAAGUCAGUUCUGCUACCUCACUGACAACCACACCUCUGUGGUGGGCAUCCGUGGGGUGACUGGCCCUAAAGGAGUCGAAACAGUGCCUGUGUCACCUCAGGAAGUGGAAGCAAGGGCCAAAAAUAAUCAAACGUCUGUCAGUACAGGGCAUGAAUGCUCAGUGCCCCAUCUUUUCUGUUACCCUGCCCAGAGCAACUUCUCAGGGCGGAAGUAUCCACUGAGCUAUGUGAGAGGGGUUCAGUCUCGGCGUCUCUUCCCAGCGUGUGAGCGCAGAGGCCGAUGGUUCGUUCUGCUGGAUGCUGCCUGUUUCGCUGGCUGCUCACCACUAGACCUGAAGCAGCACCCUGCUGAUUUCGUGCCCAUCUCUUUUUAUAAAAUGUUUGGCUUCCCCACUGGACUUGGGGCCUUGCUGGUAAGGAAUGAGGCAGCUGAGCUGUUGAGAAAGGGCUAUUUUGGAGGAGGGACAGCAGCAGCUUAUCUGGUGGGAGAGGACUAUUUUGUACCAAACUCAAAUGUAGUCAGCAGAUUUGAAGAUGGCACCAUUUCAUUCCUUGAUGUUAUUUCCCUCCAUCAUGGUUUUGACACCCUUCACAAACUCACUGGUAGCAUGGUGAACAUUCAGCUCCACACAUUUGGUUUAGCUCGUUACACCUACAUUAUGCUUUCAUGCCUGCGCCAUAGCAAUGAACAGCCAGUGGCUCAAAUCUACUGUGACAAUGAGUUUGAGAGUGCAGCUGAGCAGGGAGCGGUCCUCAACUUCAACCUGCUGGACUGCCAUGGCCGAGUGGUGGGAUAUUCACAGGUGGACAAAAUGGCCUGUCUGUUCAGUGUUCAUAUGCGCACAGGAUGUUUCUGUAACACAGGGGCCUGUCAAGCCCAUCUAGGCAUCAGCAACCAAGAAGUGAAAAGGAACCUACAGGCCGGUCAUGUCUGUGGAGACAGCAUUGACAUGGUAGACGGGCGUCCCACUGGGUCCAUCCGCAUAUCCUUUGGGUACAUGUCUACUUUUGAGGAUUGUCGGAAUUUUCUUAAGUUCGUCGUGAGCUGCUUUGUGGAUAAACCAUUAAGACUGGACCAAGACAGAUUGGCAAGAUUAAGAUUGGCUGCACCAGCAGAGGCUACAGUUUCAAACGAAUUGACCUCUGUACCCAACGGGAGAACUGUACCUGAGGGGAUUGACCUGAAUAUCUUUCCUGGUCCUGUCAGAAAGGCCUCAUCAACUGAGGCUGUUUUAAAAACAGAGGGGAACAGUGGGAAGGCCCACACACUGACCAAUAUCUUUAUAUAUCCCAUUAAAUCAUGUGCUGCAUUUGAGGUGACAGAGUGGCCAGUGGUGUUGCAGGGGCUUCUGUAUGACCGCACAUGGAUGGUAGUGAAUGAAAAUGGAGUCUGUCUGAGCCAAAAGAGAGAGCCAAAACUGUGUCUCAUCCACCCACACAUCUGUCUGGCCUCCAGCACCUUGCAGUUGCAAGCCCCAGGUAUGGAUCCCAUCGCUCUUCCCCUGGAGGCCAGUGAAGAAAAUCUUGUUCUACGAAAAUGUCAAAGCAAGGUCUGUGGUGACAGAGUACAGGCAGUCGACUGUGGGGAGAGAGCAUCGGUCUGGCUCUCUCAGUUUCUGGGAAAACCUUGCUGUCUGAUUAGACAGAAUCCUGAUUUCUCUCGGGAUAUGAAAAUGGGCCAAGAACAAGCAGGACUCUGCCCCCCUUCUCUCUCUCUGGUGAAUGAGGCUCAGUUUCUGUUGAUUAACAGAGCUAGUGUGGCCCUUCUGCUGGAUCAUAUUGUCAACAGACAUGAUAUCUCACAAAAUGGCACAUCAUUCGACAUGCUACAGCUCCUCCACCGUUUCCGGGCCAACCUUGUUAUCUCCGGCCUGGAGCCUUUUGAAGAAGAGGACUGGUCCAAUGUGAAAAUAGGAGGUGCUCUGUUUCAGGUGGCAGGCAGGUGUGGUCGAUGCCAAAUGAUUGGAAUAGACCAGGCCUCUGGUACUAGAACCCAAGAGCCUCUCAGGUCUCUGUCUGAAUGCCGGAAUGGGAAGGUCACCUUUGGAAUAUACUUGCUUCACCUACCUAAGAGAAACCCUAGUACAUAUCCAACAUUAUCUGUUGGAUCCCAUGUGAUUGCACAGACAGAAAAAUCAGCAGACUAAUUUUAAGCUCAGAGUAACACUGGAAUUUGUAUUCAUAAAAUCCUUAAUCUGUGUCUGGAAAACUGGCCACACAAGUCGUACGCCUAUUUUCCACUAUGCCACGAAACCAUGCAGAGUAGGCCCAGCCUCAUUAUUAUUUUAUGUCCACAACUGCAACCAAGCUGUGACACCAUUCACAAGACUGAAGUUGGUUGGUUGUUUUUUGUUCACAAAUUUCAAGCAUCACUAUGAAACAUAAAUUGCACUGGUCCAUGUUACAUUUUGAAAAAAAGUUUCAAUAACGCCAUUCACUUUAAUUGUCCUUUAAAAUAGAAAUUGUGGAGGAUUUGCUUUCUAAAUUCCAAUUAAUUAAAUAAUAUGGUACUGGAGCAUAAGCUACAAUUAAGGAUCCAUAACAUUAAUGCAGUGCUUAAAGCAGUGAAUGGAUAUGUAUUUACCCCUGGACCUGUGAUAUACAGUAGAGCAUUAAAGAUAUUGUUGCUGUUCAAAAAAUGCAUCUUUACAGGAGAAGACAAAAAUAUUCUAAAUGCAUUUCUAUUGAUCUAUUCAUUGUGAACUUUAAAGGGCAGCUACUGUUCCAAGUAUUUAGAAAAAUGAAAAUUCAUAAAAUGAAGAUGUUUUUAUUGGACAGUGACAAUAUGUUUGACUACAUUUGAACAUUGCACUGCAUGCAACACAACAGAACCUCAUAUCUCCUAAAUGGUAACUUCACAGGAGAAGGGAAAAAAACUAUUUUACUUUUAAUGUAGUUCAAUGGAACUAGUCAUUUUGGGCCAUUUCUUUUGGUCCAUUUAUCAUGACAUUUUCACACAAUGUAAAGGGCAACAGGCAUUUUCAAAUUCUUUCAAAAACUGAAAUACUACAAAAAUGGGGAUAUGAAUUUUUGUUCCUGACAGCAGUGAUACAGUGUAUGAGACAAACAUAACAAGAGAAUAUGCUAAUAUGUAGUAGGAAUGGUGACAGUGCAGAGCCUUCAGUUUGGGCCAUAAAUGUCUGACUUCCUGAAGGCCUAGAGUGACAUAUUUGGUUAAUUCCACGGUCAGUUCCUUAUUAUGGUGGUCAGUCUGAUUUGUUAGGCCUUCUGUCCAGCUCCUGAAGGCCAACCAAUGGGAGCACUUGCUUGGCUGUAUCUACCCUAGACACCAGGGAGAAGAACAUUCUGUUUGGGCUGUUUUCUGUUGGGCAUUUCAAUAAUUAAACGCUUUUAUUUCCAAUCAUAUGUAACAAUGAAAUAAUAGCAUUACAAUACUCACAGACUUCACAAAUGCAACAUAAUGAUUAUAAUAAAUAAAAUGAACUAAACAUUA